UAUUAGAAUUUCCGUUGACGCUGGUUACACGCACGGAGCUGCAGUCUCAGAAGGAGUUACCAGCAGCUGUUCUGUCCAGUUAUAAAUCGCCAGCAGACUACAAUCAAACGCAGUGCUGUCUCAGCUGUUCCUAAUGUCGGAGGACCUUUAUGAGAAGUUUCUUACACCUGAGGAUCCCUACCCGCUUCUGUCCCAGAGGGUAAACUUGAGUGAUGAUGGCACACCGGAUAUAAGCGAGUUUGAAUGUCAGUUGUCUUCUUGUCAUCGCACAGAUCCACUGCAUCGUUUCAACACCAACAGAUGGAACCUGACAUCUUGUGGCACAAGUGUGGCAAGUUCAGAAUGCAGCGAGGAAUUGUUCUCCUCAGUGUCAGUUGGAGACCAGGAUGACAGUUUCUCUCUGCUAGAUGACCAAGAGUUUACCUCCUAUGAUCUGUUCCCAGAAGGCAGUGUCUGCAGUGAUGUGUCGUCGUCCAUCAGUACAUACUGGGACUGGUCUGACAGUGAGUUUGAAUGGCAGUUGCCCGGAAGUGACAUUGCCAGUGGAAGUGAUGUGCUGUCUGACAUCAUCCCCAGCAUACCAAGCUCACCUUGUCUGAUCUCUAAGAGAAGGAGCAAACUUCACAGGAACCUUGAUGAACUUCCAUGGAGUGCUAUGACCAAUGAUGAACAGGUGGAAUAUAUUGAAUACCUCAGCCGCAAAGUCAGUACUGAAAUGGGUCUUCGAGAGCAACUGGACAUUAUAAAGAUUAUUGACCCAAUGGCACAGAUAUCUCCCACAGACAGUGAAUUCAUCAUUGAGCUGAAUCGUUUAACAGAUGAGAAGCUCAAACAGGUGCGGAGCUACAUCUGUGAUCAUGGACCACGUCAGCGCAACAGCAGUCUACGAGAGGGCUGGAAGCGCAGUUUAACCAACAAUGGAAGCACCAGUGGUGUGAGCAGCACCACCAGUGGCCAGAGUAACACCAGUAGUAGCAAUGCCAGCAUGGUAAGCACAGCCAGCAGUGCUACCUCCGCUGGUUCUAACUUCACCAACAACUCCAUAAGCCGUGCACACAGCGAAGGAAACCUGCCAACUGCAGCUGAGCGCAUCCGUGACUCUAAGAAACGCUCAAAACAAAGGAAGCUUCAGCAGAAGGCUCUGCGAAAACGGCAGCUUAAAGAACAGCGUCAGGCACGUAAGGAACGUCUCAGUGGCCUCUUUCUUAAUGAGGAAGUGCUGUCCCUCAAGGUGACUGAGGAUGAGGACCAUGCUGAUGAUGUAGAUGUCCUUAUGUGACAACAGUGAAUCCCUCAGUGUUCCCUCUAUGCCUAGAGCACCAGCAGCUUCCUGCUACAUACUAACCCUUGUUCCAUCCCUGUCACUUCUAUGUUAUCAACUGUCAAUAAAUGCAUUAGUUUUGGCCAAGAAGUCUUUUUCCGCGGCUGCUUUAUUUUUAUUUUUUAUUUAUUUGUAUUUUUUUAAAUAUAUAUAAUGCUUAUAAUUUCCUAUCGCAAACUAUUGUUUACCUAUAGCCUCUGCCCUACUCAAUCAGUAUAAUUGUUGCCUUUGCCUUAGAGGGAACACUGACACUUUUCAAAUCAGGUCUGGAAAUCUAUUUGAAGAAAUUAUGACCUGUCUUUCAGAAUAACAUUUAAUCUCAAAAUCAUCAUUACCAUUAUCCAAAAUGCUGUCAAAGCAUGGAAAAUGGAAUUACAUUCCAUGGUCCAGUUGUAGACCUAAUUACAUUUGCAUUUCUCCUGAGUGCAGUUAUUGCAUCAGUAAUUGAAUUGCAUGAGAUUGCACCACCCUCUUAUUUCAUUAUAGGCAUGUUUCAAUUGACCAUCACACAGUAAACAUUUCAUUACUCUGUAUUUCAUUAUGUCCUUUUCCAAAAAUAUUAGUGUAACUCACAAGUGUCCAGAAGUGAGGUAAGACUGCAGUAAAAUGCAGUCAUGAAACUUGUCAAGGGACUUAUUCAAACAGAAAGCAUCUUGGACCUCCACAAAAGACGCUCUAUUAUGCGUUUUUGUUGGGUUUUAAAAUUGGCAAAAUGUUGCAAAAUGGAUGGUCAGUUGAAAAGUUCAAGUAAGAUGACAUAAGGAUUAAGGAAUCUUAUAAAAUCAGCCUAAUGUCUGAUGCAAUCACUGUAUUCAAGGUGGACUUAAACCUUUGCAGUACUUUAUGAUUUCUCUACAUUCAAUGUAAGGUAAUUAAAUAUCUCAUGCACAGAUUGUACAAAACGUCACUAUUCUUUUUAUUUUUUUGCUUUAUGUAUAAUUCACAAUUCUUAGUAGUUUAUCGAUGUAUGCAAAAGGGGCAAGCAGUUACUGGGAGAGUGACAAAUUGAUAAAAUUCCAUGCUUAAGGAUCUUUUAGUGUUGAAGGCUCUACCAGAUUUAUGUUAACCUUCUUUCAAUAGAUUUAUCAGUACACACUACAAAUGGUUUAUUUGAACUUCUCUGUCUUAAUGCGCCCUGUGGAUCAAUGGACUAUGAACUCUGAAGUUGUUCGACAUCUUCAUUAUCUUGUCUAAAAACGUCAUUUAUGAUGUACAGCUAAAAUGUAUGUCUUUGAACAUUUGGUAUAAUAGAUAUAAAUGGUCAAUUUCACAAGAAAUGGAACAUUUGAGAACUAUAUACAGGAUGGUUUUGCUUUAUGUUGAUAGCCAGGAAAAGUAGGGAGUCAAAAUAAUCUGUGUUCUUCAUAUUUAAAGCGCAUAUUUAUUUUUUGUACAUAGGUACAAAAAUAAGAUGUACAAUGUGUUUGUCUCAAAUAAAAUUUCUAGACACUG